UCGAAAAAAAAAAUAUGGGCAGCAUAGUGACAACGAUUUUUGAUCGACCCAAGCAGAAAAAUUAUAAAGAGCUUAUUUUGUAUGGUGGUGAAUUAAAAUUCCCACCGUGUGAUCAAAAUUUUGGACAAAUAUUAUUGAAUCAAAUGGCAUUACAUUCGGAUAAAAUUGCACAGGUUCAUCCCGUAGACAAUAUUUCAUAUACACAUGGCGAAAUUCGAUUAUUUACAAUCCGUUGUGCUUUGGAGAUGCACGCUUUGGGCGUUCGAAAGGGAGAUAUUGUUACAAUAUGUGGACGAAAUCAUUCACACGUUAUUAUACCAUUUCUGGCAGCUACAUAUUUAGGCGCAGUUUCUAAUCCAUUGCAUCCAAAUUUUUCAGCAAAUGAAGUACGCCGUAUGAUAACUUUAACUGAACCACGAAUGAUAUUUUGUGAUCCAGAAGCGAAAAAUAUGAUCUUAGAAAUUCGUAAUGAAUUGGGUUUAGCUUCUCGUAUUGUUACGUUUGAUAACGAGUUCGAACCAUUUAUUGCUCCGCAUGACUAUCAAGAUGAGACAUUUUUUAAAUGUGAAGAAGUGGACCCGGAAAAUGACAACAUGUUCAUUGUUUGCACAAGCGGAACAACUGGUUUCAUUAAGGGAGUCACCAUCCGACAUGCAGCAUUCUAUACGUGUAUUGUAGAAUUUCUUGAUGAAAUCGAAGAGGAUGACAAAUUAUUAAUCUAUUCACCCUUGUCAUGGGUAACAUCAAUUUGGACAACCGGUUUGGUUUGCUACAAAGGAGCAACAAAAUUCAUUUGUGAAUAUGAACCAAUCAGAAAUUUAGAGAUAAUUACCGAACAUAAAAUAACGUGGGCAUUAUUUUCACCAAUGCUGUUCAUGCAAAUGAUACGACAUCCAUUAUUCCCAGAAUACGAAGCAAGGAUUGUGGAAACAAUCAAAAGUAUUGUAUACUGUGGAAGUGCUUCGACAGACGAACAAGUUAUGGAAUUUCGACGUGUAUUUCCAAAUGCAUUUCUAUUUAAUGGUUAUGGUAGCUCUGAGGGUUGUGUUUGCCAUGUAUGGUUUGAUCGAACAAAGGAUGCUGAAUUAAAUUUAUCUAAAAUGAAUUCAAGUGGUUAUCCAGUCCCAGGAGGCUAUGCGAAGGUAAUUGAUCCAGAUACUGGGAAAACAUUGGGACCCAACGAACCGGGUGAAUUUUUAUUAAAGAGUCCAUCUAUGACAAAAGGUUAUUAUAAGAAUCCAGAAGCUACGGCUGAAGUAAUUGAUAAUGAUGGCUGGUAUCAUUCAGGCGAUAUGGUUAAAUUUGACGAAGAAAAUUGUUUUUAUGUAUUAGGGCGUUAUAAAGAAAUUCUUAAAUACAGGAGUUGGCAGGUAUCACCAGCUGAGUUAGAAGAAGUUAUCCGUUCACAUCCAGCAGUUAAUAUGGUGUGCGUUAUUGGUAAACCACACGAAGAUGAUGGCGAGUGGCCAUUAGCUUUUAUUGUGAAGAAAAAUAGUAUGGGAGACGUAACUGGAAAUGAAAUUGUUGAAUUUGUAAAUGAUCGCGUUGCUGAUCAUCAAAAAUUACGUGGUGGUGUUAUAUUUUUGGAUAGUUUACCAAUGACACCAAGUGGAAAAAUACGUCGCAUUGAUUUAAAAAAAUUAAUU